AUUUGAGAACGAGAGAGAGGUCCCCAUGGAUCGUUGGAUCGGAGAGUUAUCAGUGAGCUUGACACAGUGCGAGAGUAUAUUAUGUACAGUGGCCGUAAUGAGUGACAGUGACUGAAAAAGAUUCGGGGAUUUCGAAGGAAAUUUCAACAACGACAAAAAAAUACUAGCCCUGCCGUUCGUCGAUCGAAUCGAUCGUGACUGCCGAGCGAAGAAGAAGAAGAAGAAGAAGGAGAAUCGAAAGAAAGAGAGAAGACGUCGCUGCUCGCGUCAAGCUGGCCGUCAGCCGCCUAAAAAAGGGAUGUCGUCGAGUCAGGAUACGUGUCUGCUGCUGCCGGAGUCUCAGCAGCAGCAGCAGGCGGAGAUCGAUAGCGAGGGCGGCUCGAGCAGCGGCGAGCAGGAGCAGCAGCGCAACAAACGUCUUGGCUCCUCGUUGCUCGACGGCCUGACUGGCAGCAGCGGUGGCAAAAAACGCCGAAAACAGACGACGCCCGUCAAGUUUUCCACGUCGCUGAGCACCGGCGAGGACGAGGACGACGACGAGGACGAUGGACAGCAGCAGCAGCCCCAUCGUCAGCCGAGCUCGCUCAAAGACGAGAAUCUGAACAACGAGUUCCGCUGCCAGUACUGCAGUCGAUUUUUCGACGAUCGCGACACGCUCGAGAUGCACCUCGAGUGCGAGCACGACUUCGCCGACCCGAGCGAAGAAGCAGCGCCGGUGGCUCUCGCCUCGUCCGAGCAAACCGUCGGCAGUCCGAUGAAUCUGUCCCACAUAAGCGUGAAAAAUUUCGCCAGCAGCAGCUCGUCGUGGCUGCCGGCCACGAGUCCGGGCGACGCCGCGUCGGCCUUCUUCAAAGCCGCCGCGGUGGCACCCGCGAGAGGCAACAGCGGCAAUCAUCACUACUCGGCGUCGAUGCCCGCGGGAUUUCCAGCCGGGCCCUUCGGCCAGUUCAUGAGCAUGCCCAGCUUCGUGACCGACAUGCAGCAGCACGCGCAGCAACGAGCCGCCGCCGCCGCUCAAUUGAGCAAGUUCCCAAAGAUAUUCAAUCCCGACGCCUACUGCGAGCUCUGCAACAAGGAGUUCUGCAACAAGUACUUCUUGAAGACCCACAAGGCCAACAAGCACAACGUUUACUCGGAUCAGUCGCAUAGCAACGAUGGUUUGACGAACAGUCCGUUCGUCGCGAGCUCGUCCUCCAGUCCCAUCAACAAACUGAGACUGGAGAGCAACGGACUGCAGACGAGCCCGAGUUUGCCCUGCGAUCUGUGCUCGAAGCAAUUCAAGAACGAGGAGUCGCUGAGAAAGCACCGAAACAAGGUCCACUUCAAUCGCGACGGUCAGAUGAUGAUGCAGCAGCAUCAGCAGCAACAACAGACGUUAUCGGGUGGCGAGGACGAGGCGGGUCAGAGUCCCGGAAUCAUGGAGACGCUCUUCAAGCAGGAGUUCAGCAUCGACGAGGCCGAGAUCACCUUCACCAACAAGCAACGAUCCUCCUCGUCGUCCGUCAACGGCGACAAGCAGCAGCAGCAACGCCUUUUCCUCGUCAUGAAUCCCGAGGCGUUCUGCGAGCUGUGCUGCAAGGAGUACGUGGACAGGCAUCAUCUGCACGCGCACCGGCUCAAGCGGCACGCCGACAACAAACCUCUGAAUUCCUCCUCCACCGAGAGCCAGCAGCAGGAGAGUCCGCUGAAUCUCAUAAUGGCCGACUCGUCGCUCAACAACGGCUCCUCCGCGUCGGACUGGGACGAGGGCGAGGAGUACGCGUGCAAGAUGUGCGGACUGCGCCUGCAGACCCAGGAGCUGUUUCUCCUGCACGUGGACAAGAUCCAUCGCUCGUCGUCGCCUAGAAAUUUUAUGCUGGACGAGGACUCGAUGAUCGAGAACCAACAAAAGACGUUGACGACCACCGAGGACGCGAUGAUGAUCUCGGAGGACCUGAAGAAACUGCAGACGAUGAUCACGCAGCUGAGCGGCCUGGAGUCGAACAAGGCCGCCUCGUGCGCCCUCUGCGGCAAGGACUACGACAAUCCGGCGGCGCUGAGGAGCCACAUGAUCGCCGAGCACAGCGUCGUGCCGGAGAAUCUGGCGUCCCGUGUGGGAGCUGCGUUGACAACGAUACCUCAGCAGCAGCAGCAACCGCAGCAGCCGCCACAAAGAGGUAAAGUCGAGGAACAAUCGACGACGCCUCAGCUCGUCGCCGCGCCCAUCUCGCCCAUGACGCCCAAGUCGAAUUCGUCCCAAUCCAUGCAGGAUAAUCCGCGUAACAAAUCCACGACGACUUCGAGUACAACGACUCCCACUGGCAAUCAGGCCGUCGCCGCCGCCCAGCAGAUCAACUCGAGCUUCUGCACGCUCUGCAACAAGGAGCUCUGCAACAAGUACUUCAUGAAGACCCACAUGCAAAAGAUGCACGGCAUCGAGAUCGAGAACGGCGCCCAGAUCGGCGGCGUAGUCUGCAACAUCUGCAAGAAGGAGCUCUGCAGCAAGUACUUCCUCAGGGUGCACAAGCAGAACACCCACGGCAUCACGGAGGACGGACAGCAGACGACGACCACGACCACAACGACAAGUAACAAGCAAGAAAUGAUGGAGUCACCAGGAGCAGCCCAGGGUGUCGAGGAUCUGGCCCUGAAACCCGAGCUUCUGGGCGAUCUGAAUCUGCGCUACAUCACGCACUUCACCGAGGUCUGUCCGAUCUGCAAUCGGCGCUUUCGCAGCAGCAAGUGGCUCAAGCUGCAUCUCAAGGAGCACGCGCCACCCGAGCUCGACAAGUGGCGCGAGAUGGAGCAGCAGCAGUCGCAAAAAAUACCCAACAAAUCGUCGUCGUCCAAGAGCUCCUCCUCGUCAUUGUACUCGGCCGCGUCGCUGCCGAGUCUGAAGAUACCCAACGGUGGCUUCGAAUCGGCGGCCAACAACAGCGCGAGUAAUUUCAUGCGCGCCGAUCUGGCCGCCCUCGGCAAUCAGGUGCUGAGCAAUUUCUUCGGCGACCAGCAGCAGCAACAACAACAGGGCCAACAGCAGCAAAACUACUGCUGCUCCCAACCCCAGUGCAACUUCUCCACGACCAUUCUGCCCCUGUACUUCCUGCACGAGAGAUCGCAUCAUCAGGAGAUGGACGAGCAGCGAAUGCUCCAGUGUCCGAUUUGCGCUCAGAGCUUCGGACAGCUCGAGGCUCUGCGAGAACACGUCUCCGCUCGGCAUCCGAAUCCUUUUCCGGGUCUGCUCUCGUCGUUGCCGCUGCCUCUGCUCGGCGACUUUGCCAUGCCACCGAAUAGUAGUGAACAGCAGCAAAGAGGAACGACGAUCAAGAGCGAAGACUGUUCUCGGACUAGCCCAACGGCCGCCACCACCACCCCCCAGCAGCACAUCAUGAACGAGAUCGACACGAAUCAGAUGAUAAAACAAGAAGAGAGCAGCGGUGCUGGUAACAACGUGGUGCAGGUGAUGCCUCAGGGCGCCUACAAGUGCUCGCAGUGCGGCUUCGCCUCGUCCAAUCUCAAUCGCAUCAAGAAGCACGUGCGCAAGGAUCACAGGUGUCCAGGCGGCGCCGAUCCCGUCGAACAGGCCCUCGCCGAGCUCAACAAGAUGCUCAAGGACGUGGCGAACAAGCACAAGGUGCCGGUCAGUUACGCCGUGCCCCAGCUGCCACCUUCCCAACAGCAGGACAACAACGGCAUGAACAACUCGCCCGAGAGCAGCAAGACCGUCAUGCAGGCCUUCAUCGUCGAGGAGAAGCCUCAGCAGGAGAAGACUCAGCAGCAGAGUAACGGUGGAAGUAAUGGAUGCGGCGACAACAACGAGGAGGACGACGGUGGCAAUUAUCGCGCGAAGAGGUUCGCGCCCGCCUUGGUGUUUCUGCCCGUGAAGGCGAGGGUCAGCGACUCUUUGACGCUCACGUUCAGUCUGAGCCCGGCCUGAAAAACAACAACAACAAAAGCUUAUA